AAUACAUUUGCCUUGACUCAAACUGUAAACAAUUAUGACUUUUCUUCCAAUAAACAACACAACCUCUUGAACAUUUUUAAUUUUAAGAAAUUAAACAAAAUUACAAAGAAAAUGUCCCGGUGCAUCGUCAUAGAUCGUCGAAAUGCUAUUAUGCUUAUAUGGAUAUUUGUGCUCAGUGGAAUAAGACAAAUUCAUACCGAUGAUAAAAGUAGCACCAGCAGCUUAACAAGUGCCAACAACAAUGAAGUUGCUCCCUACGUGAUUCGGAAUAUUAAUGAUACAUCUCAACAACUGGCUCAGUGUCAGAACAAAGCUCAUCUCAAUUGCAGCGAACUGCUGCAUCCCUGUAUAAAAUGUAUGUACAACUACACAUGUCAUUACGGCCAGGAACUGUAUGUCAACUGUACAGCACUACAUCAGGUGGAGUGCCAAGGUAGUCGAUGGUUUUGGCAUCAAAUGAAUUGUCGUUAUUGCUACCAAACGGAAAAGUGGCAACAGAGCUGCGAUCUAAAAAGCAAUUGCAACUCAGUUAAUGGUCAAUUCUAUAAGACCAACUGUACAGUGCACAGUGAUGUCUUUUGUUUGGGAAAUCGUUCGUUUACGCGAAACGUUAAAUGUAAUUGGACACAGGGCUAUCGUUGGAGUACAGCGGUGAUAAUAAGUCUAACAUUAGGUGGCUUUGGGGCAGAUCGAUUCUAUUUGGGCCACUGGCAGGAGGGUAUUGGUAAACUCUUUAGUUUCGGUGGUCUAGGGGUGUGGACGAUAAUAGAUGUCGUACUAAUAUCAUUGCACUACUUAGGUCCGGCAGAUGGUUCGUUGUAUAUAUAAAGAGUUAGUUAUAAAUACAGAUAGUCUAUAAGUAAAACUGUUAAUACUAAUAAAAAUAAAAAACCGAAUUUUAUCUUUAACGAACAAA